AUCGCAACAUAAAUAUCGUGAUAAUAUCGUAUCGUGGGGCCUCUGGUGAUUCCCACUCCUAUAUGUUACUAACUGGGAGAACAUUUAUAGAAGCCCCAAAUUACUGUUUUUGUCAAGGAAGUCUUGUGGCUUUGAGAGAGCGAUAUAUAAAACAUAAGAGACUGCAAAGAAGGGCAUACACACAAUUUAAAGGCCUACCUGACCUUAAAAAUACUUUACAGCACUGUAAUACCACUGUAAUAGGCUUACUGUGUAAGGCCACAAGGUGGUGCUGCAGUUGACCUUCAACCUCUCAACCUUUGAGACAUUUGCAUGUCUUUAUGUAACUACAUUGUAUAGGAGGGAAACUUAAUGUAACACUACAUGUUACAUUAAGUUACAUUGAGUCAACAUGUAGCGGCUGCCAGAAAUCCCUCUGCAAAGUUUUACUAGUACUCCCCCCCCAUCCAAUUGACAAAACUUGCCGGUUUUCCUAAUAGUGAAAUACCAGCCUGUCUGUUGUAAUCUGAUCUCUCCAGCACAGCUUUGGUGCAAGAAGCUGAAGGGAGAAACUGUUUACUUUGAAUUGGAUUAACAGUCAGAGGAGAGAGCGAUUGGCUGUCAGGGGAGAAAAGGGCGUGGAGCUUCUGCUACAGCAGAUAAGCUGUUGCAUAAAGGCAGGAAAAGGAGUCCACACACACACUGCAGCUGCUCACAUGUAAACAGCUGCACUUUUUGUUCACCGAGUGUCUGUAAUUUGGUGUAUUAGUCAGGAUGAUGCUGGAGCUGCUGCUGUUCGGAGUUGUGUUAGUCGGAGGUUAUUUUCUUCUUCACAUGACUUUUCUCAAGUUGCCCAGAUGUAAAUCUACUGCAAAGUUACAUGGGAAAACUGCCAUUGUCACUGGAGCAAACACCGGCAUCGGUAAGACCACAGCGAUGGACCUGGCCAGGAGGGGCGCGAGGGUGAUCAUGGCCUGCAGAGACAGAAAGCGAGCUGAGGCCGCAAUCCAGGAAAUCGUCCAAGAGACGGGGAACAGCCAGGUGAUCUUCUUGCAGCUCGACCUGGCCAGUCUGAAGUCUGUUCGCUCCUUUGCUGACAACUUCCUCCAGUCUGAGUCCAGGCUGGAUCUGCUCAUCAACAACGCUGGUCUGAUAACCAGUGGAAAGACGGAGGAUGGCUUCGGGAUGAUCUUUGGCGUCAAUCACCUGGGUCACUUCCUGUUGACAGUGUUGCUCCUGGACCGGCUGAAGGCGAACGGGCCGAGCCGUGUGGUGACCGUGGCCUCCAAAGCAUACGAGAUGGGGAAGGUGGAUUUUAACCUUUUGACGACUCAGAAAGAGUUAGGUAUCGGCAACGGCGACUAUCAGCUCUUCCAGAGGUAUUGCCACAGCAAACUGUGCAACGUCCUCUUCACCUACGAGCUCGCCAAGCGGCUGCAGGGCACUGAGGUCACCUGCUACAGCCUCCAUCCUGGGGCCAUAAAGACAGAGAUCGGUCGUUACUCUGGUUUCUGGUGGAAACUUAUCAUGACACCCAUCAUCUUCCUUUUCUUCGUGGAUGCUGACUCCGGAGCUCAGACCACGCUCCACUGUGCCCUGGAGGAAGGCAUCGAGCACCUCAGCGGCCACUACUUCACCCAGUGUGCGCCGCUGUUGAACAUCGAGUCGAAGGCGAGAGACGACGCUGUGGCCAAGAAGCUGUGGGAGCUCAGUGAGAGUUUCUGCGGUCUGUCCUAAAACCAAACCUGAAAUCUAAGCUUUUUUUUUCCCCUUCCCCAUCGCAGAGUAAACUCUGUAUUUUCCUAUAAUCAUGAGACACUAAGUAAUGAACUGAUGGAGCCAUAAAAAUCACUCAGUGAAAAUAUCAGAGCUUGAACAUUAUUCUCAAUAUAAUAUUUUUUCUUCCAGUUGUUUUUGAAUUGUUUAUGAUCUAAUUGGAUUUUUGUUAUUUGAGUCUGUGUAUGAGUUGCUAACUGACCCCAAACACAAGUAACAUCACUCUGCAGGAUAACAUACUGCACAUCUCUUUGUCUGUGGAAGAUGUAUUUAUAUAUUGUGUAAAAGCAAUGCUCACUUCUCUAUUUUGUCACCUUAUGAAAUGUUCAAGCUCAGUUUGUAUCAAAGGAAGGAUUACAAAUUAAAUGCAUUUCUACAUUAUUGGGUUUGGAUUAUGUCAGAAGUGAAAACAACAUAUUUAAAGGGGGAACAAUUUUCCAACAUUUAUGAAUAUAAAAAACAUGCAGUCAACAGAGGGUUUAUUUUGAAUGUUUUGACAGGAAGUUCAGUGUUAGCCUCUCCCCUGGGGUUCAAGGUAAAUCAGUUUUUAAGAUAAGAUGAAACUUUUUUUAUGUAUCCCCCGUGGGAGAAGUCAGUGAUUCUCAGGUGGAUCAGGCGCUGUAAUAAACCAUAUAUCACCUGUU